AUGUCGGAGACAUUGGCUUUGAUAGGCUUUGUCGCCAUCGAUAAUCCUAAGUGCAGCUAUGGAUUCGCAGCCGAAGAUCCGGUCUAUGAGAAGGCGAUCGCCGAAUGUUGUGUGAUCAAGGAGAGCACGUCGUUCAGUAACGGAAUCCUUCUGAAGUGCAUCGACAAACAACCUUUAUUUCCUUACCUUCACUUCUCUCAAUUCCAAUCGUUCGAUCAAUGCAGCACUUUGCGCGAAAUCGAAGAGGUGGUCAAGGCGUGUCGUGUAUAUGAAAGCAGUCUGUUCGGCACUUAUGAGGAAAUCUACUCCAUCCAGAAGACAGUCACUACUAAUGCCGACUCACGUCUACCGUCAAAUCGGCAUGCUGGAUACAUCGUAAUUGGCUUCAAACUUCUCGACGACUCAUCGAAGCAACAGACACUCGAGAAAUCGUGGUUGUCGUGGUCCGGAGCGCGAGAAAUCUAUAAAUAUUCACCGAGAACUUGGAGUCUUAGACGGAUUGGUCUCCGAAAUGGUCAAUUGUCGUCGCAUCCGUUCGCCUACAUUCUAAUGUGUGAAUAUGGUUCCAUACUUCAUCCGACAAACACCAUACAAGCAUUAGAUAUGUGCGAAAGAUUGCGCGUUCGAAACUGCGGUCACAUUGGACUCUAUCAGGUUCAUACGACUUAUGCUGCAGAAACGUCAAGCGCCAGAAGUGCCACGAAUUCAUUAGCCGCAUCAAAGCGGCAAGCUAUGAUGAGAGGUUUCAGCCAGGACGUGGAAUCUGUUCAGCUCCAAUCAACAGCAGACAGGCAAAGUCGAAUGAGAUCUAUUCGUGACCACAGCUUCCAAUAUCCUGAUGGUAAUUUCGCCACUUACCAAUAUUGA